UGAUAGACAAGAUGGUUGAGAGCGUGCCUGGAGGACGUGAGCGGGUCAGAACACGAUGGGGACCGGAUUCACAUCAUGAGGAUAACCAUGAAAUCAGAACAGCUCUGAUCCUCGUUUUGCCCACAAGGCUCCACACGUGUUAGUGGUCCAGGUGAUGGCUUAUCCCAAAGUUGCUUCAUGAAUGUUGAUGUAGGCUCUCACGCUGCACUGGCUUCAUUCUUUCACUCUUACCGUCAUGAACGUCGCUGGUCCCUCACGACCACGUCCUGUCCCUAAUUCAAGAAAAAGAGACAACUAUGAGGAGGAUCUUGUCCGUAUGAUGACUCAACUUGAUCUUUCUGACGUCGAGAGAUUUCAGACUUUACACGAUAAUAAAGCGCGGAGAGGAGAGAGGCUCUCUGACCGUGAAGUUGCUUUCGCAUUGUUGAUGCAGAAUGCUCGAGAACUUGCAGAGUUCGAUGUUGAUCUGGCACUUGCCCAGCGACUCGCCGUUGAAGAAGGUGGAGAACCUGAUCCUGCCCCUAGACCGGCAACAUUAGUGCAGCGAGCUGUUACGUCCCAGCCCGCCGUCAGAAACACCGCAUCACAAAAACAAACAUGGGCCACUAUCGCAUCACAAAAUUCAAACGCAUGGGUCAGCGCCGCAUUACAAAACCAAAACACAUGGACCACCAUCGCAACUAAAGCUCCUCCUCGUAGGGCUACCGGUCAUGACUGUGUGAUCUGUCAGGAUCCUAUCUUCGGAGCGGAAGUUCGGGCACCGUGUGGUCAUUUUUAUGAUAUCGACUGCAUCACCGAACUAUUCCAGUCAGCAACACGCGACGAGAGUCUGUAUCCUCCUCGAUGUUGUCGUCAAAACAUUCCACUCCCACGAGUUCGGCCUCACUUGACGCAGGCAGUGCUUUCUGAGUUUGAACUCAAAGCUCAGGAAUUUGGGACCCUGAAGCGCGUUUAUUGUGUUGCACCAACGUGUAGUCGUUUCCUCGGGCCAUUACAUGAGGGGUAUUUCAGCAAGGUCUUGACAUGCCCGUCCCCUACAUGCACGACGACGACAUGUGGAAAAUGUCGCGGGAGAUAUGAAGGAUUCACUCACCUCUGCACUCCUGAUGCAGACAGUGAGCAAGUGCUCACACUAAGCGACGCUUCGGGGUGGUCACGUUGUCCAGGCUGUGCUCAGAUGAUCGAGCUCGACACGGGGUGUUUCCACAUGACCUGCCGAUGCAGGACGGAGUUCUGCUAUCUGUGCAGAGCACUCUGGAAGAACUGCACGUGUCCGCAGUGGGACGAGGCGAGGCUGCUUGCUGCGGCAGAGCGCCGUCUGGAUGCUCAGUUUCCGCCCGUACGACGCGCGCAGCCUGCUAAUCCUCCCCAACAGGCACCUGCAGUACGCCGACCAGCGCCUGCUGCCGGCACUAUCAGGAUCCAGCCUGUCAAUCCACCCAGACUAGCGCCUGCUGCCGGCGCUGGCGUCGUCAGGAUUCAGCCUGUUAAUCUGCCGGCACCCACGAGAGCGCCCAUACCGGCACCAGCACCCCCUCCUGCUCCACGGCUUUCCUGGGCCGCGAUUGCGCGUUCCCAGGUCGCGCUUUUCGAUGCAGAGGUACCUGCUCCCGCACCUGCUCCUCCCGCACCUGCUCCGCCACGCUCUUGGGGUGCAUUUAUCAAUGCAGAGGUACCUGCACCCGCACCUCCUGCUCCGCCACGCUCUUUGGCCGCGUUUAUCGAUGCAGAGGUACUUACUCCUGCACCUCCUCCUGCACCCUCUUCCCGAUCCAGGACUCGUCGUGCUAAGACGAAUGCUCUAUGGUUCACGGGAAUGCCAGUGCCACAGCCCGCAUCUACUGCCGCCACAGCGGGCGAUAGGAACACUGUCAGAGAGCGUAUGAUAAUGGAGAUCAUGGAGCUUCUCAGAGUUGAUCAUGAUUGUCAGCACAGAAGCUGGGAGUACCAUAGUGGUGGCGGAAAUUGUGAGAGCUGCUACAUGUAUCUCCCGCUAUACCUCUUCCGGUGUGGAGGGUGUCAAUUUCUCGCUUGUAAUAGGUGUCGGCGGAACCGUCUGUGAAAAAAUGACCCUCGAUGAGUUUCUCGAUACUUUUCUGAUGACUGUAAAUUAUGCUUUGAUCUUGGAGCG